UAAUGACCUAAAAUAUAAUACGGAAACAUGUCGGCUAUUGGAAUCGAUCUAGGAACAACAUUUUCAUGUGUUGCUGUCCGCAGGAAUGGAAGGAUUGAAAUUGUUCCAAACGACGAAGGAGACAGAUUAACACCAUCAUGUGUUUCCUUUUCGGACAUCGAGGUAUUGACGGGAAAGGCGGCAAAGGAAGAAAUACCAUUCAAUUUUGAAAAUACUUUAUUUCAAAUUAAGCGACUUAUCGGCAGAAAAUUCGAUGAUCCGAAUGUCCAACAAGAUUCAAAUCAUUGGGGAUUCAAGAUUAUCAAUCAAAAUAAUAGACUCAAAAUACAGGUAAAUUACAAACAUGAAACAAAAACAUUUUAUCCGGAGGAAAUUAGUGCGAUGAUAUUAAAGCAACUAAAAGAAUCCGCUGAGAAUUACAUGGGUUCCAAAUUCACCGACGCUGUUAUAACAGUACCAGCUUAUUUCAAUGAUUCUCAACGUAAGGCUACAAGAGAAGCUGGAAGAAUGGCCGGUCUCAAUGUUUUACAAAUGAUAAAUGAACCAACGGCUGCGGCAAUUGCCUAUGGAUUAGAUAGAGAGAAAAAAGACGAGCGCCACGUUUUGAUUUUUGAUCUCGGGGGCGGAACAUUUGAUGUCACACUGAUUACAAUAAAAGAUCGAGUGUUUGAUGUCAAAGCAACAGGAGGAGAUACCCACUUGGGAGGUGAAGAUUUCGACGACAGGAUGUUGAAACACUUUGUUGAAGAAUUUAACGCAAAAAAUAAAGUUGAUAUAUCAGAAAACAAGAGAGCAAUGAGCCGACUCAGAAUACAAUGUGAAGCAGCUAAACGAAAAUUAUCUGUAUCUAUGAUAGCAAAAGUUCAAGUUGACGGCUUUCACGACGGGACGGAUUACAAAACAACUAUUAGUAGAGCCAAAUUUGAAGAAUUAAACUACGAUUACUUCGAGCGAAUAAUCGAGGCGAUGGAUAUUACACUAUCUGACGCAAAGUUUAAUAAAGAAAAGGUUGACGAAGUCGUAUUGGUUGGUGGAUCAACUCGAAUUCCAAAACUGCGAAAAAUGAUCCAAGAGUAUUUCAACGGCAAAGAACUGUAUAAAACCAUAAAUCCGGAUGAGGCUGUGGCGCAUGGGGCUGCCGCACUUGCUGUUGAUCUUAGUACUGGUGCAUCUUCAAAAAUAAAAGAGUUUACUCUUUAUGAUAUUGUGCCUUUACCACUCGGCAUCAACGUUGUUGGUGAUAUCAUGUCUGUGGUUGUUAACAAAAAUUCAAAAAUUCCUUCUAAACACUACAAAACAGUCACCACUGUUGCUGAUAAUCAAACAUUUAUUAAAUUUUCGGUUUACCAAGGCGAAAGAACGUCUACCAUGCACAAUAAACACUUGGGCUCCUUCAGUUUAUCGGGAAUUUCUCCUGCACCACGACGAAUACCCCGUAUAGAUGUCUGCUUUGAUAUCGAUUCCAGUGGAAUUUUAACAGUUACGGCGAAAGAUAAAAUUACUGGAAACCAAAAACAAUUUACAACUCGAAGCUGCUAA